AUGUCAGAUAUCCAACAAUGCCAAAGCCUCGUUGCCCAGCUCGGGGGCGAAUAUAAUAACGAGGAUAGAACCACCUAUAUCGACAUCACCCCUGAGAAAAUCCUUCAAAUUUCAACGAUGGCGCUUUGGGCACAGUCUACUUCGGGCCAGAGGCAGAUCAAUCUGGGCCUGCCUUCUCUGAAAACCUGGCUGAAAAAUCUCGCGGCCAAUGGGCCUGGUCGUCCGAGACAUACCAAGGUGUCACAUACAAAUUUGUCAAGCAGGAGCCUAACAGCCGAACCACCACUCCCUUAUCGAGCCUGGGUUAACUGGACGGAAAAUCAUUAUCGAGCUGCCUUUUCGUCUUACACCCGCCUCUUCCGCCGUCAUCCUUCGUGGACGAUAGGGGUUAGCACUAGGACAGCGGGUGGGUACAGAGGAAUGGGUCGCAUGCAUAAGACGAACAUGCGGGGGCGUCUUGGGUUGCUCAGGGUGGAUCGGCCUUCGUAUUCAGUAGUUAUUGCAAAUUAA